GGAGGGGCGGUUGCGGCGGGCUGGGUUUCGCGGUCGUGGGGUCCAGCGGCCGCCAUGAACUUCUCCGAGGUGUUCAAGCUCUCCAGCCUGCUCUGCAAGUUCUCCCCGGACGGCAAGUAUCUGGUCAAUGAGCAUUUAUGAAGCGUCCUUACACCUGCAGAAUUUCAAACGUGCUUCCUGCGUCCAGUACCGGUUAGUGGUCCGGGAUGCCAACACCCUCCAGAUCUGCCAGCUGUACACGUGCCUGGACCAGAUCCAGCACAUCGAGUGGUCGGCCGACUCGCUCUUCAUCCUGUGUGCCCUCUACAAGCGGGGGCUGGUGCAGGUGUGGUCUUUGGAGCAGCCAGAGUGGCACUGCAAAAUAGACGAGGGCUCGGCAGGGCUGGUGGCUUCCUGCUGGAGCCCCGAUGGGCGCCACAUCCUCAACACGACGGAAUUCCACCUGCGGAUAACUGUCUGGUCCUUGUGCACAAAGUCCGUGUCCUACAUCAAGUACCCUAAGGCUUGUCAGCAGGGAAUAACCUUUACCAGGGACGGCCGCUACCUGGCGCUGGCCGAGAGACGGGACUGCAAAGACUACGUGAGCAUCUUGGUCUGCAGCGACUGGCAGCUUCUGCGGCACUUUGACACGGACACGCAGGACCUGGCCGGGAUCGAGUGGGCCCCCAACGGCUGCGUGCUGGCCGCCUGGGACUCCUGCCUGGAGUACAAGAUCCUGCUCUACUCCCUGGACGGCCGGCUGCUGUCUGCGUUCUGUGCUUACGAGUGGUCCCUGGGCAUCAAGUCCGUGGCCUGGAGCCCCAGCAGUCAGUUCCUGGCAGUCGGGAGCUACGACGGAAAGGUGCGGAUUCUUAACCACGUGACGUGGAAAAUGAUCACAGAAUUCGGGCAUCCCGCGACCAUUAAUAAUCCCAAAAUAGUGGUGUACAAGGAGGCCGAGAAGAGCCCGCCACUGGUGCUGGGCCGCCUGACCUUCCCUCCGCCCAGAGCAGCGGCUGGACCCCUGUCCUCCACGGAGAGCGAAUACGAGGUUGCCUCGGUGCCGGUCUCCUUACAGACGCUGAAGCCUGCCGCCGACAGAGCCAACCCCAGGAUCGGCAUUGGGGCGCUGGCCUUCAGUCCCGACAACUGCUUCCUGGCGACGAGGAGUGACAGCGUCCCCACCGCCGUCUGGAUCUGGGACAUCCAGAAGCUGAGGCUGCUCGCAGUGCUGGAGCAGCUGUCCGCCGUGCGCUGCUUCCAGUGGGACCCGCGGCAGGCCCGGCUGGCCAUCUGCACGGGGGCCGGCAAGGUGUACCUGUGGUCGCCGGCGGGCUGCGUGUCGGUGCAGGUACCCGGGGAAGGUGACUUCCAGGUGCUCUCCGUGUGCUGGCACCUGAGCGGGGACUCCCUGGCCCUCCUCAGCAAGGACCACUUCUGCCUGUGCUUCCUGGAGACGGAGCAGGGGGUCGGCACAGCCUUCGGGCAGAGGGGUGACCACACGUAGGACCCGUGCGUGAUCAGGCCCACGUGGCUCGAGGUGGGAGACCUUGGCUUGUGUUGGCCGUGGGAAAGGAGCAGAGCUUCUUGGUGCUGCGUCUCCCACUGGGGUGGCCCGGAGGAAGCGUUUUGCUUCUGUUUUUCUAUAGCAAGCCAUUUUUGUUAAUACGUAUGGUAUAAAACUAAUUUUUGUUACUUAAAAUAAAUAUUUGCUAAUUCAUAAAA